GGUUAAUAUUGGAAGUACCAUUUGUUCGAAAAUCAUAAAGCAUGUGUGCUCAGCUUGGCAAAGGCUUUAUCAGCACUCUUUUGGCGAAUGUACGGAAGAUAGUUCCCCAAACGAGAUCAAUAAUUGUAUCUACAAUGGGGAAAACAAAGUGUAAGACUCCAAAAAUGUCACCGACAUUAUAUGGACAUCAUACCAGUCUAGCCACAGAUUCCACUAUAAAUGAAAAACCACUGACAAUUUGCGUUGAAGGAAACAUCGCCAGUGGGAAAACAACUUUUUUAGAAUAUUUCAAGACAUACGCUGAUGUAGAGGUGUAUGAAGAGCCAGUCAAAAAGUGGAGGAAUGUUGAAGGACACAAUAUUUUGGCAAAAAUGUAUGAAGAUCCAACACGGUGGUCAUUGACGUUACAAACUUAUGUCCAGUUAACAAUGUUGGACCAGCAUAUUCAAGUACCACAACUGCCAGUCAAGAUGAUGGAAAGGUCCAUUUUCAGUGCCAAAUAUUGUUUUGUAGAAAACCUGUUCAGAAGUGGUAAGAUGGCGGACAUGGAGUAUGUUGUUUUGUCGGAGUGGUUUGAUUGGAUAAGACUUCACCAUGAUCUGAGUGUGGACUUAAUAGUUUAUCUGCAAACGAAACCAGAAACAGUGUAUGACAGAAUAAAAAAAAGAUGUCGGAAAGAAGAGACUACGAUCCCAAUUGACUACCUGCAUGCGUUACAUGAGCUGCAUGAAGACUGGUUAGUGGGAAAAUCCAAGUUUAAAACAGACUGUCCUGUACUGGUGAUCGAUGCUAACCUACAGACAGAAGAGAUGAUCAAAAUUUAUCAGGAAAGGAGCCAGGAAAUAUUGUUCCCACAAUCUAAAUCGAUCCGACUGGAUGCAGCAGUAGGCGUCUGAUGUUAUCGUCUUCGGUUUAGUUGUAUUCUGUUCUGGAAAUAAAGUACAGGGAGAUGCAGGCUGAGAUUCUCAACCGUAAAUGUAUCGUAACUGGAGAAGGGAAGCUGCAGGCUGUGAUUCUCAUCUGUAGAUUUAUCGUAACUGGAGAACGGAAGCUUGCAGGCAGAGAUUCUCAACCGUGAAUAUACCGUAACUGAAGAACGGGAAGCUGCAGGCAGAGAUUCUCAACUGUAGAUAUAUCGUAACUGGAGAAUGGGAUCUCCUGCAGGCAGAAAUUCUCGAUUGUAUAUGUACUGUAACUGAAGAACGGGAAGCUGCAGGCAGAGAUUAUCGACCGUAGAUAUAUCGUAAUUGGAGAAUGGGAAGCUGCAGGCAGAGAUUCUCAAUUGUAGAUAUAUUGUAACUGGAGAAUGGGAAGCUGCAGGCUGAGAUUUUCAACUAUAGAGGAAGCUAGGAACUGUGAUAUUGUGUAGUUUCCUGACAAGAAAACACCAGGUCUACCAGUGUUUGACCGAGAUGACUGUUGGUGACAUUUACUGUGGAGAGUUUUGAGUUCAGCUAGCACAUGUAGACUCAAUCAUUCACUCGUAAACAGACAGCUUGGUGGAGUUUUCACCUGAUGCCUGAGGUUUGGGUUCAAAUCUCGUUGCUGGAUUUUUUUUACAAAUUUAUUAUUUUAUUUAAUCUAUUAUUGUAUCAGAAAAAUCUCUUUAAAAAUACCACAGUAUAUUUCAAAGCAUAGAUUAGAAUGUUUGCUGGAGGAAAACCUGUGUUUAAGGGCACAGCUAUUUCUAAAAAGAGAACUAGAAUUUUUCAGAAAAAAUUUGAAAAAAAUGUUUCGUGAAAAACUAGGCUCCAGCAUACAGUCUUCAUCCAAAUUUUUUCAAGAUAAAGUCAUUUUCAGACAAAUAUAUUUAGACACACAGAUAUGUAUGAUGGACACAUUAUGGAAAUCAUGCCACUUGUAUGUAUGGAAGUGACCAUGACCAGUACUGCUGUCUGGAGUACAGUGAUUGGUAAAAGACAUAAGCAGUUACCAUACUCCAAAAAGAGCUUGGUCUAAAAUUCUAUUGAGACAGAAGUUUACUGCCAGAAAAACAAUAUUUUAGAAUGCAAAUUUUAGUUUGGAACCACGAUGAACAACUGCAUCAAUAUUUAAAUGGUGGAUUCCAAACUGAAUUGAUUUCAGGAUUAGAUAAAAUUCUCAGUUGAAAGUACCAGCCUAUGUUUCACUAUACUAUUUUUGGAUCUGAAACCCGUCCAAGUGUUCAGUGUGAGAGGCAAUUUUUGUUCAACGCUACUUCAAUUGAAAAUUGUGUUUAUUGAAACCCAUGUUAUAAUUAUGCAGAUCCAUAUACCUCAAUUUACAUAACAAACUCGUAAAGUCUGUGUUCUAAGCUGUAGAGCAGUUUAAGGGGCAUUUCACUGUUUUAUCUCUCCGAGAAAAUAUUAUUAUUUUGAGAUGUGUCAGGAUUUUUAUAUGUUCUCCUGAACUGGAGUUACACAAAAAAUUGAUGUGGCGUAGUAUACCGUAUUUAUCCGCAAAUAAGCUCCUGUCCACAAAAUGUUUUGCAAAAUGAUCGAUUUUAGAAAAAUAAGCUCAAUGUGGUUCACAAAUAAUUAAAAGUCCUUCCCAAACUUUAGUACAUAUGUACUUAACUUUUACAAUUGGGGGAGAAGAGCUUAUUUGAGGAAAACUACAAUACAUAAAAAUAAAAAUUUAGCAUAAUAUGAAGUAUGACUGUUUCAGAAUUAUUUAAAUAUUUUAUACAUGUUUUUGUAAUUACAGAAGGGACCAUGAUUUUACAUUUUAGUUCUCAUCAGAUUAAAAGAAAGUCUGUUUUAAUACUGAGAAAUUCUUUAGCUGUAUUUUAUUGAUAUUAAUUUAUUUAAAAGUGUUCUCUUUUAGAAGUGAAAAACUGUAAAGACCUUUUAUCUUUCUCCCGGAUAUUUCAAAAUUUAACUUUUACGAAAAGUUUGAAACAAUACAAGAGAGAUGUUAUCUUUCAGAAGUUAUGAAAUCCUUCCUGUCUCUAUAGCUAUUUUUUUUUUUUUUAAGUUACCAGUACCUUCACAACUGGUAAAGCUUUGUUAUUUAUUUUUGUUGUUUUUGUUUUUUUGGUUUUUUUUUAAUCUUUAUUUUUUUUGUUAUUUCAAUAAUUAGCCACACCAAUUCAAUGUACAAAUGGUGACGUUGUGGAAUUUGCUGAUCUUUGCAUGAACAAAAUAUUAAGGAUCAAAUUUUAUGUUAUUCGGUAUUGCAGUUACACGUUUUUUUGUAAAAUGUUAUUCCCAACAGUGUUAUGGGAUUACAGGGCUAGAUAUUUUAAUGGUAUAAAAAUGUCUUAUCAUAAUAGAUAGGUACUAAGAAAUUGGUAAAACCAUAAAAUACAUUAAUUAUCACCCUACUGGAUACCAUUAAAUAUCAUCCUACUGUACACCAUUGAAUAUCAUCCUACUGUAUACCAUUAAAUAUCAUCCUACAGUAUACCAUUAAAUAUCAUCUACCGUAUACCAUUAAAUAUCAUCCUACAGUAUACCAGUAAAUAUCAUCCUACUGUAUACCAUUAAAUAUCAUCCUACUGUAUACCAUUAAAUAUCAUCUACCGUAUACCAUUAAAUAUCAUCCUACUGUAUACCAUUAAAUAUCAUCCUACGGUAUACCAUUAAAUAUCAUCCUACAGUAUACCAUUAAAUAUCAUCUACCGUAUACCAUUAAAUAUCAUCCUACUGUAUACCAUUAAAUAUCAUCCUACGGUAUACCAUUAAAUAUCAUCCUACAGUUUACCAGUAAAUAUCAACCUACCGUUAUACCAUUAAAAAUCAACCUGUCAUAUACCAAUAAAUAUCAUCCUACUGUACACCAUUACAUAUCAUCCUACUGUAUACCAUUAAAUAUCAUCCUACUGUACACCAUUAAAUAUCAUCCUACUGUAUACCAUUAAAUAUCAUCCUACUGUAUACCAUUAAAUAUCAUCCUACGGUAUACCAUUAAAUAUCAUCCUACGGUAUACCAUUAAAUAUCAUCCUACGGUAUACCAUUAAAUAUCAUCCUACCGUUUACCAUUAAAUAUCAUCCUACUGUAUACCAUUGAAUAUCAUCCUACGGUAUACCAUUAAAUAUCAACCUACCGUAUACCAUUAAAUAUCAUCUACCGUAUACCAUUAAAUAUCAUCCUACGGUAUACCAUUAAAUAUCAUCCUACGGUAUACCAUUAAAUAUCAUCCUACAGUUUACCAGUAAAUAUCAUCCUACCGUUAUACCAUUAAAAAUCAACCUGCCAUAUACCAUUAAAUAUCAUCUUCUGUAUACCAUUAAAUAUCAACCUGCCGUAUACCAUUAAAUAUCAUCCUACUGUAUACCAUUAAAUAUCAUCCUACUGUAUACCAUUAAAUAUCAUCCUACCGUAUACCAUUAAAUAUCAUCCUACUGUACACCAUUAAAUAUCAUCCUACUGUAUACCAUUGAAUAUCAUCCUACUGUAUACCAUUAAAUAUCAUCCUACCGUAUACCAUUAAAUAUUAUCCUACUGUAUACCAUUAAAUAUCAUCCUACCGUAUACCAUUAAAUAUCAUCCUACUGUAUACCAUUGAAUAUCAUCCUACGGUAUACCAUUAAAUAUCAACCUACCGUAUACCAUUAAAUAUCAUCCUACUGUAUACCAUUAAAUAUCAUCCUACUGUAUACCAUUAAAUAUCAUCCUACUGUAUACCAUUAAAUAUCAUCCUACGGUAUACCAUUGAAUAUCAUCCUACGGUAUACCAUUAAAUAUCAUCCUACUGUAUACCAUUAAAUAUCAUCCUGUCGUUGACCAUUAAACAUAGAUCUGUACCAUUAAUUAUCGUCAAACGUAAGGUCUGGUGCUUUUGUAUGACCGGCAGUGUGCAAGAGUUUUUUUUCAAUUUGUCAACUGACAAGUCAGUCAAACAGAGGCCUCUGAUUGGUUGGAAUUUAGAUGCCAGGUAUUGUGCAAUUUCCAUGAAAUUUGGUAUAGGUGUAGUAGAACACUAUAAACACUGUGAAGAUAUCAACUACAUUAUUUAUGACUGCAAAGGUCGUUUGGGGACAUAUGUUAUGGUGCCCGCUACAUGCAGUUAGUACUUUUUUUAUAUUGUGAUAAUAUGUUAGAAUAUAUUGUUUGUAUACAAGUUCAAAAUAAAACAUUAAAAAAUCAUUAAAAUCA